AUGGCCACCACGACAGUGACCGGCCAUGGACGCCGGGCUUCUAUGCGACAACCGGAAUUACAAAUUCCAAACAAGACAUCAACCACACAGCCAGUCAGCAGCCCGAUAGACCAAUUCCCUCCCUACGAAGAAACUCUUGACAGCGCCAUUGGGUCCAGCCGACCUAGCACCAACUCCACCCCCUCAGUGAAAUACGCGCCAAGCGAGACGUGGGAACCGCGGAAAACAUCCUAUUACUCAAGAGAUCAUCCCAAUGGAGCACUAAGGAAUCCUAAACACCGGCCGCGGAAAAGUAUCAGCGAGGCCAUCUCGACCAUUCGAACACGUAACGGCAGCGUGAGUGCUAACGCGCAAGAGCUGGCGGAGGCACUACGAGCUCCCGUAUCGUAUAGGCUAGUGACCCUAUGCGUUAUUUGGUACUUCACCUCAGCCCUCACGAACACAUCCUCGAAAUCCAUCUUGAACGCCCUGCCGAUGCCAAUCACAUUGACUAUCAUUCAAUUCGCAUUCGUUUCAAUAUGGUGUUUGUUACUGGUGUGGCUGUCUUCGGUCUUCCCGAAACUGCGGCAGAGCAUCCCGGUUCUCAAGCAUGGCAUUCGUUACCCGUCGCGUGAAGUGAUCUCGACUGCUUUACCCCUCGCCGUCUUCCAGCUUCUCGGCCAUAUUUUGAGCUCGAUGGCCACGGCCAAGAUCCCUGUCUCCUUGGUCCACACCAUCAAGGGGCUCUCACCCUUGUUCACCGUUUUCGCCUACCGAGUAGUAUUUCGAAUUCGUUAUGCCAGAGCCACCUAUCUAUCCUUGAUUCCUCUUACAGCUGGGGUCAUGCUCGCCUGUUCCACCGGAUCGUCUACGAAUUUCUUCGGAAUUAUCUGCGCCUUCGGUGCCGCGAUCAUUUUUGUGUCGCAGAAUAUUUUCUCCAAGAAGCUGUUCAACGAGGCGGAGCGUGCCGAAAACGACCCCCAAAACCCAGCACGACGCAAGUUGGACAAGUUGAAUCUGCUUUGCUACUGCUCGGGCUUGGCCUUCUUCCUCACCUUGCCUAUUUGGUUUGUCAGUGAAGGAUAUCCAUUGGUAUCCGACUUUAUCAAGGACGGCGCGAUCGACCUCUCAGAAAAGAAGGGAUCAUUGGACCACGGGGCACUCAUGAUUGAAUUCGUGUUCAACGGUGUCUCGCAUUUUGCGCAGAACAUUUUGGCCUUUGUGCUCUUGUCGAUGGUUUCCCCAGUGUCCUAUUCUGUUGCCUCCUUGGUUAAACGCGUUUUUGUUAUCGUUGUGGCAGUCAUAUGGUUUGGUAACUCCACGACUCCAAUCCAAGCAGUCGGCAUCGGUCUCACCUUUUUGGGACUCUACCUGUACAAUCGCAACAGCCACGAUGAUGUGGCCGAUCAGCGAGCCAAUGCUGAUCACUUCCGUGCACGGGAGGCCAUUCUUCCCAUGAAUGUCCGACACUCGAGCAGGCCAUGGGAUUCAAAUGGCUACGCCUUCCCUGCCGGACGCUCAUUCGAGAAUUCCACCAGCAAUAUGAAGAAGGAAGAUGGCCCAGGAAGGGUGCGGGCUCGUGGCGCCAGUGUGUCCCGGAAUUGGCUACCUGGGACCAAACAAGAAUCGACGUGGCAGCCCACUGACACGCCAGUAGCCACCUAG